GCUCCGCUGAGGCGCCGCCGCCGCGGCACCAUGUCCCGGCGGAAGAUCUCCUCGGAGUCCUUCAGCUCGCUGGGCUCGGACUGCCUGGAGACGAGCCCCGAGGAGGAGGGCGAGUGCCCGCUGUCCCGCCUCUGCUGGAACGGGAGCCGCAGCCCCCCGGGGCCCGCCGAGCCCCCCGCCGCCGCCGCGAGCGCCGGGGCGCGCCGCGCUCCGCGCCGCCGGCGGGUCAACCUGGACUCGCUGGGCGAGAGCAUCCGCCGCCUGACGGCCCCCGCGCCUCAGACCAUUCGGCAAACUCUUCAAAGAACACUGCAGUAUUUUGAGCAUCAAGUUAUUGGUUACAGGGAUGCAGAAAAGAACUUUCACAAUAUAUCAAACAGAUGCUCCUAUACAGACUGCUCUGGCAAUGAAGAAACAGAAGAUGUCUCAGGAAUUCUCCAGUGUACAGCUAAUAUACUUGGUUUAAAGUUUGAGGAAAUGCAAGAAAAGUUUGGGGAAGAAUUCUUCAAUAUCUGCUUUGAUGAGAAUGAAAGAGUUCUUCGAGCUGUAGGUGGGACCCUUCAAGACUUCUUCAAUGGCUUUGAUGCUUUACUGGAGCACAUUAGAACUUCAUUUGGAAGACAGGCCACCCUGGAAUCCCCUUCUUUCCUAUGCAAAGAGCUCCCUGAUGGCAACCUCAUGCUUCAUUACUUUCACCCACAUCAUAUUGUGGGAUUUGCAAUGAUGGGAAUGAUAAAGGCAGCAGCAAAGAAGAUUUACCACUUGGAAGUGGAAGUAGAACAGAUCACUAAUGAUAAGUUGUGUUCAGAGGGGACAAACCCAGGUAACUGCAGCUGUCUGACCUUCCUUAUCAAAGAACAUGAAAAUGCAAAUAUCACAAAAGCACUUCCACCAGGAACAUCCCAGUCUCCCCUGGACCUGAGGAUUAGCAUCAGCACCUUCUGCAGAACUUUCCCUUUCCACCUGAUGUUUGAUCCAAACAUGCUGGUUCUCCAGCUUGGAGAAGGUCUUAGAAAGCAGCUCAGAUGUGACGCUCAUAAAACACUGAAAUUCCAGGACUGCUUUGACAUAGUUUCUCCUAAGAUCAGUGCCACGUUUGAACGAGUCCUCAUGAGAUUAUCUACUCCCUUUGUGAUUCGAACCAAACUUGAGGAUUCUGGCUCUGAAAAUAAAGAUAAGGUGAUGGAAGUUAAAGGACAAAUGAUUCAUGUGCCCGAAUCAAAUUCAAUUUUGUUUCUGGGUUCCCCCUGUGUGGACAAGCUGGAUGAACUGAUGGGCCGUGGCCUCCAUCUUUCAGACAUACCUAUUCACGAUGCCACUCGUGAUGUCAUUUUGGUUGGGGAGCAAGCAAAGGCUCAAGAUGGCUUGAAAAAACGAAUGGAUAAGCUGAAGGCAACACUAGAAUGCACGCACCAAGCUCUGGAAGAGGAGAAAAAGAAAACAGUAGACCUUCUGAUUUCUAUUUUCCCCGAGGAAGUGGCUCAGCAGUUGUGGCAGGGACAGCAAGUUCAGGCCAGGAAGUUCGAUGAUGUCACGAUGCUCUUCUCAGACAUUGUGGGUUUCACUGCCAUCUGCGCGCAGUGCACUCCUAUGCAGGUCAUCAGCAUGCUGAACGAGCUCUACACUCGGUUUGACCAUCAAUGUGGAUUCCUGGACAUCUACAAAGUGGAAACAAUAGGUGAUGCGUACUGUGUUGCAGCAGGGCUGCACAAGAAAAGCCUUAGUCAUGCUAAAGCCAUUGCCCUGAUGGCACUGAAAAUGAUGGAGCUUUCAGAAGAGGUUCUCACACCGGAUGGGAGCCCUAUUAAGAUGAGGAUAGGCAUUCACUCAGGAUCAGUUCUGGCUGGUGUUGUUGGUGUAAGAAUGCCACGUUAUUGUCUCUUUGGAAACAACGUCACUCUUGCAAGCAAGUUCGAGUCAGGAAGUCACCCACGUCGCAUCAAUGUCAGUCCAACCACAUACCAGCUUUUGAAGAAAGAAGAAAACUUUAUUUUUAUCCCUCGUUCCCGUGAAGAGCUUCCAGAAAACUUUCCAAAGGAAAUUCCUGGGAUCUGUUACUUCCUUGAGGUCAGAAGUGGUCAGAAGCAGCCAAAACCCUCCGUUACGUCUGCCAGAGUGAGAAAGGUUUCUUACAACAUUGGCACUAUGUUCCUCCGGGAGACUAGCCUAUGAGGCCUGCUGUAGAUCAAAGACUCGUCAAAAAAGCACAAGCCCAGAACUGGGUCAUGGCAGGGGAGUUGGAGGUUCUUUCCGUUUCACAGCCUUGUUCUGAACAAGCAGUGUAAGUUCCAUGUAAUGUCAGGCAAUAAUCAUUUUCAAAGGUGGGUGACUGCUGCCAGUAAACAAAGUGGAGAUAGGGAAAAAAGUAAUCACGUAAUGUACUUCCAGAGAAAUUUUGUUCACAAAUUUCAGUCUGGCCCCUUUAUAACAAACAAAAGCAAACAAAACAAAAAACAACCCUCAACUUAGAGGCUGGUUUUGUUUUGUUCAGAAAUGGUGAUGGUUCUCUGUAGAUUUGCACCAGCUAAGCAGAAUUGAGAGUCAGUUCUGAUUAUGCAUUCCUACAGUUAAUGUGUUCUUCGGUAACUUAAUGACGUUUUUUAACUUUAUGAGCAAACAUUUCAUACAUAUACUGUAGAGUUGUUGUAACCUUCCGGGCAGGAGGAAUUAUAAUUCAGUACAAAUAUUGUAGGGAUUUUACCUAUUUUUAUACAUAUUUCACUUUCUGGAUAAUUACAUUCCACAUAUUGUAAGCUGAGUGAGCUUAGACAGUUUUUCAGAAAGCUCCUGUAUAUUUCAUAUAUUCUACCUAUCAAACCUUAUUGUUAUACAAGUGGGAAGAAGUCAUUUUUUGGCAAAAAUAUUAUCAAUAUUUUACAGAAGAAAACACUUUGGUUAAUCUCUUUACCUGAUGUUCAUGCUAAAGCUUUAGAUGAGCAUUAUCUUGCUUAUAUAAAAGAAUGUUCAGUAUUCGUCCUACCGUGCUGCAUUUCCAGUCUUUCCAGUGUGAUAAAAACAAAGGAUAUAAGAUCAAUGUAUUGACAAAAAAAAAAAAAAAAAAAAAAAAAAAGAAAGAAAAAUCUCCUUUACACAGUGGGACUUGCUUAACACUAAAUUAUCUGCCAAAUUGGUUUUUGGUAGGAGUCCUGCACUUGGACUUCUAUGAAAAAUUUGGUGAUGUGAAGAGUUCUUCAGAGAGAGUCCAGCAGACAUUGGAGACUCUCUGGAUACUACUUUUCCUCGUUUUUUUAAUGGGACUUAUGCACUUACACCAAUUAGAACGUUUCUCAAUAUCCUAUCUGUUAUUAAUAAUGUUCAUUUGAAAAUUUCCUCUGUUUCUGGAUUGGCUGAAAGGCCCUUACCUAACGUAGACCAGAAACUGCUUGAAAAAAAAGGGGAGCAGAGGGGAAAAAAAAAGCUUUCCCAGGUUUAAUGCAAAUGGCAGUUCAAGGUUUAGAUGCAUCUCUGUCAAUAAAAACAAAAGGCUAAAUUUUGCUGGUGGAAAUUCAUAUAAUUUUACUAUCUUCAGUGAGUCCUGGAUCUGGAUCUGCCUGCUGAAUCCUCCAGGAAGCACAUUUUCAGGCAGUGUUAAUGUCUCAGGUUUUUCUUCUAAAAAAUAAUGAUGGUCAAUUUUCUUCUGCAAGCAUACUCCUUUUGGGAUCCUAUUUCAGCAGGCCAAUAUUAUUCUGCUCUUACAUUAAGCAGCAUACUAGUUAAAAUUUGUGCAGUGAUUCUGAAGUGGCACAGCUUUAAAUGGACCUGAUCAAAGUUCACUGAAAUCAAAGAUAAGAUUCUCAACAGCACUAGAAGACAUGAGAAGCUCAAUAUUUUUGUACUCCAGAUGAGAAAUUAGAGGUGUAUUUAUGGAUUUAGUAGUCAUAACUUGAGGCAUCUUUAAGUAAAUAACAUUCACCGUGUGUCCAAAAUAUCCAGUUACAUCUUUCUGCAGAGGGAAUGACGGUGCUAUAAUUCCCCUUUUGGCAGUAUUCCAUGUGGGGAUGAGUGAGUGUAGCAUUCCUGAGAGUGUUUCAAGCUUCUUUUCCAUGAAGCCUGACUGGCUAAGAGAGGACUACUUUGAACUGACUUCAGCAUGUAGAGUAAAUCUUAAUGCAUUAUGCAGUUUUUCUUGCCUGACAAGGGUAGCUGUGUGUGACAGCCGAGAGUAUUAAAUGGGAGUACCCUUGCUUUCUAGAUGAAAACUAAUCUUAAUGAUUCUUCUAAUGGAUAUCAGCAUGCCUGGGACUAGAGGAUUUCAUCUUCUGUCUGCUUUGAUAAAAGAUUUUGCAACUCUAUUGUCUGUGUAAAAGAUAACUUGACGAAGACUCUUUGAGCUUGAG